AUGAGGCCGCGCGCAGACGCGCCGCUUCACGAGUGGGAUCUGUCGCCGGCGCAGGCGAUCGCGUUGCAGAAGGCGCUGGCCGGUGCCGUUCUGCGUGCGGACCGGUUCGGACCCGGAGGUCGGCGGGCAAUCAGGCGGGUGGCAGGCGUCGACGCUGCCUUCGCCGACGGCGGACGGGUGAUCAGGGCUGCGGCGGUGAUGCUGGAAUAUCCCGGACUGGUCCUGACCGACCAGGUUCUGGUCGAGCGUCCGACGACAUUUCCCUACGUGCCGGGGCUCCUCUCCUUCCGCGAAGUGCCGGCCCUGCUGGAGGCCUUGGGACAGCUACCGGCGGCGCCCGACCUGAUCCUCUGCGACGGUCACGGCUAUGCCCAUCCGCGCCGUUUCGGGCUCGCUUGCCAUCUGGGCCUCUGGCUGGACACGCCCACCAUCGGGGUCGCGAAGUCGAGGCUUACCGGCUCUCACGACGAGCCGGGUCCCGGCGAAGGGCGAUGUCGCGUGGCUGCUUGCCGGCAAGGGCGAGAGGCCGCGCGAGCGCCUCGGCGCGGUUCUGCGCACCCGCGAGCGGGUGAAGCCGGUCUUUGUCUCGGCGGGACACCGGAUUUCGCUCAGGACUGCGCUGGCGCUGACUCUCGCCUGCGCUACGCGCUAUCGGCUGCCCGAGCCCACGCGCCUCGCCGACAAGCUCUCCAAGGCCCACCGGAGCGGGCGGUGAUUCAACCAGGCGGAGAGAUCGAGGUCCAGGCACGACGGAUGCCGCUGUAA